AUGAAUCCUUCGUGCGUGUCCUUUUGGUGCUUCCUCAGUGGGAGCUUGGUCGUCAUUUCCAUAGUUCACGUCGCUCAAGUUGUUGCACAAAACCUUCUGACGAACUUCGAGAUUCAGCAUGGGUACGUGUACCCACCAAGUGUGACUGUGGCCGAGGGAGAAGUUAUACACCUGCGACUGCUCGUACCGAUGCAAGAGGGCGACCGAUGUCUGUAUCGAGAGCCUGGUUCCCCAACCGAUAUCGACGUACACGGUAACGACCCACUGCCCGUCAAAGCACGGCGUAACGUUCAACGCGUAAAGCUGCCCCGACGGAUCGAUGAGCUAGACUGUGGCAUUCGCGUCAAUCCGGUGCACCAACGAGACGCAGGAUUCUGGAGGCUCACUCUGGUGCGUGGUACGGAACGGAUUCGAGGCGUCGCAAUGGUGGAUGUGAUCGAACGUCCGGUCGUACCGGAGGUUGGAAUUGACGGAACUGGUGGUGGUAGCGUGAGCUCGUUGAACGAAAUCAGCCCCGAACGGACGGAGUACUGCUUCGUUCGACGUCAGGGACCAUCCGGAACUAGCCCUAUGGCACAGGGUGCAGGAAGUGUACCGAUGUACGAACACUGCCAGUUGCCACUGAGCGACACCGAUCCGACCGGAGCGGGCGUGUGGAGUGUGAUUGCCGGCGUGCAGGGACAAAUGCGCGAAAUGACGUACGGAAUUCACAUCGAGAAUAAGGAGGAGCGCAUCGUGACGGAUGUUCACAAGGAUCUAGACUACCACGUGCUUUCGUGCAACCUGCUCAACACCAAGCUUAUGCUAAAAUUCUGUCGCUUCGAGCGCCUUGCGGACGGUUUCGGGCUGAACGUCAUCCCUGGUAUCGGUACGACCCGAUACGGCUACCUCGGUAGCGGAUUCGAGCGUAACGAAUGCGGCCUCGAAAUCCUCAACCCGGACGGACUCGACAAGGGCACAUGGAAGUGCCUGCUUGGAUACGGCGAUGACUCCAUCACCAAGGUGUCCGGUGCGGUUGUAGAUAACUCGGACAUAAGCCCACCGUUAUCGAUCAUCGGGCUAGACGACAUGGUGACGGCGCUAAACGGAUCGACGACAUCGCUGCUGUGCAACGCCAACAAACCCAUCGACUACUGCUGGUUCCGAGGGCCGCAAGGACAGUUCUUUUCUCUUUCCGAAAGGCUGACUGAAGCACACAACGAUGGCCACUACUGGUACAGCGGCAUUUCCCUGACGAUGGGCGAGUGUGGUAUCACUUUUAGCGCCAUUUCGGAGGCUGAACACGCGGGCCAGUGGCACUGCUACGUGGGAAACGGACACAUCUCCGCCCUAGAGGUUUCUGCAAUUUUCCAGCUGCGCAUAUCGACCUCACAGAUGAUCUCGCAGGUCGAUCAGGUUGAGGCUACCCUAGAUUUUCCCGCCCUGCUCGGAUGUGACUCGAUUCCCCGUGGAACGCCGCUGCAAUACUGUCGGUUUGUGACUCCCACCGGACUUGCGUUCAGUCUGAAUGAAAACGUAACCACCGACCGGCCCGUUCUCGAGCGGUUCUACUCCAAUCCGAAUCACGAUCUUGCGAAGGGUUCGUGUUCGCUUGUGAUCGCUUCCGUGCACGCGGACGACUUUGGCCAGUGGAUUUGCGCGGGAAAGAUUGAAGGACACCCGACGGAGCACAUUUUUAGCAUCACACUGCACGAUCGCAACGAAAACUUGGCACCCAACGAACCGAGUGGGGAGUCACUUUCAGCGGCCUCGAUCAGUGGUAUGGUCAUCGGAGCUAUCGCCGUAUUUGCUGGCGCUAUCGGUGUAGGAUACUGGCAGUUGCGGAAACACAUGCACCGGCAGGCAGCUGCAGUCAACGAACAGAUACAAAUGCAUCGCAUGGAAUCAUCAUCCCCGGUGGAACAGGCGCGAUUGCGCCAAAGCAUCAGCAUGAUAAGCACCGGGAGCGAUGCCAGUAGCACUGAAAGUCCACAGAACACUCGCAAGUACCAAACUAGCUUCUGA